UUCUUGAUGUGCUAUUUUAUGCACUUAGCACAAAAUGUGAAUGCUUCCCAGUAAGGGAUGUUAAUUGCUGAGUUGAAAGAGCCUGCUUUUCAUUGUAAUGGGUGCUACCAAAUUUCCCUUGAGAAAGGCAAGCCAUGCACUAACAGGUAGAAUAUAAACAUAUUCAUUUCAUUUUGUUCUCACCAGCACUUAACAACUGUCAAUCUUUUUAAUUCUUGUUUGCCUUGUGGGUGAAAACAAUAUACUAUAUAGCAUGUGUUUUUAAUUUGUCGUUUCCUUCCUAGAGUUAGGUUGAACAUCUUUUCAUAUGUUUAUCAGCCAUCUGCCCUUCUCCUGGGGAUUGCUUAUUCAUUUCCUUUACUGAACUAUUCAUUUCAGUUUUACUAAAAAGCAGAGAAGUGGAAACUGAAACAGCAAGUUUUUUGUGUUUUUCUUAAGCAAUGAAAUUUAAAAAGAUUCUCAAUGCUCAUGUUGACUGAUGCAUUUAAGUUUAGAAAAGCCAUCCUAUAAUAACAAAUGUUAAUUUAUAUUUUCUUUCUAAAUAUUUUACAUUAGAAAGUAACCCCAGAGUCACAUGAUAUUAGUCUUAGUUGUUUUAUAUGAGGUAAGGCCAAAGUUGAUUUUUUAAAAAGUGAAUAAAAAUGUUCAGUGUCAUUUAUUGACUGAGUCUUUUUUUUUCCUCCUAGACCUUUAUUACUUCAUCUCUUAAAAAUUCAAAUAUUAAUACAUAACAUGAUCUUUUUCUGGACUACCUUUGUCUUCCAUUGAUCUAUUUAAUUUUUGUGCUCUUACUGUUUAUUUUUAUAAGGCAAGUCUCUUGAUUUAUUAAGGGAGAAAGAAUACACUUACAGUGUUUCCUCUUCCUGCCAGGGAGCUCUGUCUCUUUAUAGGUGCAAGUGUGACUCUCCUUCACUCAGUAAAGCUCUGUGGCAUUUUUCUUUACAUAGUGGCUUCUAUGUUCUGGAGAGUUCUGGAGAGGAGAAUAUUCCUAGGUGCUGUCUAUGCUGGCGGUGGUUGUAUUGCUUUGGGGAUUAUUUUCAACCAAUCAUCUUCUGAGCUGUUGAGAAUUUGGGAUCCAAGGAAUUGAGUUGGUGAGACUGAGCAGGGGUUGGAGGGAUAUGAGGAGAAAUGUUUUGGGGGAAGUGUGCUCAAGACAUCCUGGAGCAGAGAGAGAUGGCAAGCUGGAAGAAGUGCCAGAGCGCCUGAGUGUGGAGUGAGGUUUGUGCAGGUGGAGAAGCAGGAGGGGACUCGGAGUUGUGGGGUGAGAACCAGUGUGCCUUGGGGCUGCAGGGAUCUGAGGUACAGAGAGAAGGCAACUCCUCUAGACAGACUCGCCCUUGUCGGUCCAUCCAAAUACGUCCGACAUAUUUGCCCACUAUUUAUUCAUUAAUUUGACAAUAAUCUAUGGAAUCCUUGUGAAUGUGUCCAUGUAUUCUGCUAGAUGCUGGAGAUAUAAUGGGGGAAAUGAAUGAAUGAUGUCUCUCUCCUCAUGGAGCUGACAUUUAAGUAGCAGCAGAUGAAUGCUGGGAAGUGGUUAUGACUGUACACGCACACAUCAUAGAGUCUAAGGGGAACGGAUUCCAGAAGGCCCUGACAGGAGUUGUUUCAGAGACUGCAGAGAAGCGUGAGCCUUGUGGGGCCUAGGGGUGGGCACUCCUGGCAGAAGGGAGGGUCGAUGCAAAGCCCGGGGUCAGGAGCAUCCCUGGUGUGUGCUUGAGCCCCUAGGCCUGAGCGAGGGUAAGCAGAGAGUGGGGAGACGUGAGGAGGCACCUGAGUACCCAGGCCACGGAGCGCCAAAAGCCCUAAUGAACCAGUGGUGGGGACUCUGAAGCAGUGAGGAGGAGGCAAGAUUUUGGUCACCUGCUGCCGCCACAGUUCAAGGGCCCAUGAAGAGAGAGCAGCUGUCUCCACGGCCAGGCCCAGCCAUUCCCCAUGCAGAGAACAUCUACUUCCCGGGCAAGGGUCGGGGGAUGUUGAGCUGGAGCAGCUCGCCAUCAUCCCAGUCAUCCUCUGAGUACCAGUCCUACUCCCAGUACCAGUCUUGCUAUUCCUGCACUUACGGGGACCAGGACGCUGCCCAGCAGAGCAUGUGCGCCUUCUACACCCAUGUGCAGACCGUGCAGGGUGUGGCCGUGGCCUGGGAGACCGACAGUGGCUUCGAGCCAGUCACCCGACAGCCCCGCAUCCACGAAGCCGAGUUCAUCAAGAGGCAGAGGCGGAAAGGCUCCUCCUUUGAGAUGGCUUCCAAUACGGACCUGCGCUGGGAACUGGAAGCCAGCAAGAACAACACCAGCUCAGAGCCAGAGGACACGGAGCUGCUGGCGCCCUUGGAGUGCUGCCUGCAGGAGCUGCGGGACACCCCGGACUGGCUGGUCACCACCAACUAUGGGCUGCGGUGCGUGGCCUGCUGCCGGGUCUUCCCCACGCUGGAGGCACUGUUGGAGCACGCCCAGUAUGGCAUCCAAGAGGGCUUCAGCUGCCAGAUCUUUUUCGAGGAGAUGCUGGAGAGGAGGAGGGCCCGGGACCAAGGGCAGGAACAAGAGCCAGAGGAGGCGCAAGAGAGCGCUUCGGACAGCAGUGAAUGUCCAAGGCCCCGUGUCAAGCUGCCUUCGUCACAGUCACAGUUGCAGAAGCACUGAGCCGGAGGUAUGUCCCCUGCCCUGUCCUCACCUCCGGCACCUCAGUCGCUCCUUUCCCGGCCAUCAGGACCAGAGCCACCGGGGCAGGGAGAAAGGAUGAGGGCCGGGGAAGGAAGCGAGCAGAGUGUAGAGGUGGGAAGGCCGUGAGGACGUCGGGGAAGUCACCCUCCCAAAGGGCACAGCAUUUCAACCAGAAUCCAUUUCAAAACGUGAAUCAAGUGUUUCUUACAGUGGGUGCAAGACCUGAAAACCCGCAAGCUUGUGGCCACAGGGAUUUCUAUUUUUGCUGGUGGGUCAAGCAGGUCAUGACUCACAGGAGAGACAACUACAAAUGAAACUUCAGCCCUAUUUUUUUCAUUGUUAGGAACUCAUCAUAGGCCCUAAUUCUAUAUCUUAUUUUAUUGGAAUUAAACUUGAAUAACCCAAAGUUUAA